CAACUGGCAACAUUAAUGGUAGUUUAUGGUAGUUUUCUUUUCUACCUCUAUCAAUUGAGCGAAUUGAUGCUUUUAUCAACAAGAAGAAACAUUUUUGAUCAGCAUUUAGUUUUUUAAACAGUGUUUCGUUACAUGAACAUUAAUUUCUAAUAGCGGUUUCAUAUCGGUGAUUAUAAUGUGCAUGUGUUCUGUGUUCGAGAAGGCCCACAUAGCUGUACAACAUGUCGGAAGAAAUUGAUUUGAACACAAACAACCUCUGUACAACUGAAGACGCGUUUGAAAAAUUUCAAUCAGUUUCGAUGUACGAAGAAGAUGAAUUCAUUACAUUAUCAGAUAUAGUUUCACCGCGUCCAACAACAUCUGAACUAGCGAUAGAUCUUAAUGAUAUACCAUACGAAAAUGAGAUUGAGUUGGAAUCGCAACUGGAGGAGCAAGUUCCAGAAGUAAACAGUACAAUUGAGCUUGGUUCUGAAGAGAACAAAAAUGUUUCAGAAUACUCCCAUGUGCCAGAGGAAACUUUAAUCAAAGAUAGUUCAAUAAUUGUUACUGAAUCGAAACCCAAAAGAGGAAGAAAAAAGAAAACUCAACAGAGUGAAUCGAUUUUGACAGUGAAUCAAACCCAGAAUGAACAGAGCUGUGACCAACAGAGCAUUUUUGUGCAGGAUGAUAAAAAUUGUGAUCCCUCUGCACCCGUGCCGAAAAGACGUGGUAGGAAACCUAAGCAGAAUGUUACAAAAUUUAUUAAUUAUAAUUCCAAGACUAAAGCAUCUUUGCAGCAUACCAACAUCUUAGAUGACAAUACAGAGGUAAUGCCUGAAUCUCUAUCAUCCACUAUACCACCAAAUAGUGGAUCUGAGAAUGAAAACACUUCUGUAGCCCUAAUUUCAAGGAGACGACCAGGUAGACCUAGGAAACGACAGGUAAACAUUACACCUCCAGAACAACAAAUGACGGUUGAUAGUAAUACUGAACUAAAUGUCAGUGAUAUUAAAGAAGAAAGUUGUCUUAAUAUUUCUGAUGAAAGUAUUUUGUUGAGUAAAAAUCGAAGAAAGGGAAGACGUGUGUCUGCAAAAAAUACUUGUCAAGAAGAUCUAGGAAAUGUAACUAUUGAACCUACUUCAGAGCAGUCUGUGGAACAAAUAGCAAACAAUAAUGUAGAAGAACCAAUAAAACGAAAAAAGAGUCCCAAAAAACGUAGAAAGAUUAGAAAACACCAGGAGGGAGAUACUACUCCAAAUGAUUUAGCUAAGGCUGAGAUUGCAACAGCAUUAUCAGAAGAUGAAGACGAUUUAGCUGAUGAUAUUUGCCUCAGUAAAUUAAAAGAAACAUUUGAGCCAAAUGAUUCUGCUAAUUUACCGAACAAUGUGCUUGAAACAGAAGAAGUUGUAAAAGAAAAAUUAGGAGAGAUUGUAAAAGAAGAAACAGAAGAAAUGGUAAAAGAAGAAACAGAAGAAAUUGAAAAAGUAAAAACAGAAGAAUUUGUCAAAGAAGAAACCUUAACAACAGAAUCUACUCCUAUUAAUAAUUCUGAUAUAACAACUACAGCUGAUAUAGAAUUGAAUGUUGAAGGUGGUGACAAAGUUGUGAAAAAUGAAAUGGAUAUUAAUGAGAUACAAAAUAAAGAAGAUUUAAACGACUCAUUGCUUAUUGAAGACACAACAAAAAGACCUAUGCGAAGGAAAGCACGAAAGACUUUCCAUUAUGAACAGGAUUCGGAUGAGGAUCCAUUUGCCAAUGUUGAGCUGUCAGAUGACGAUGAACCUAAAAAAGGUAAAAAAGGUGGAAAAUAUUAUUCGGAUGAUGAAUACAUUCCAGGAGGUUCAAAACGUGGUCCUAUCAGUUCAUCUGAAUGCACAGAUAGUGAUAUUGAUGCAGAAGUAGAUGAAUUGAUCACAAAACAGAGAAGAAAGAAACAGAGAUUGAAUAGUUCAAUGGAAGGUAGCCCUAAAAAACGUGGUAGAAAACCUAAGUAUGAAAAACAAAGCAAUGAUAAAAAGCCGUCUUUAGAAGUAGAAACAAUAACACCAGAGGCAUCUUUCUCACAGGAAGGGGAUGACAUUGAAAUAUGCUUGCAGUCUUCACUAAUUAAAGCGAGUGAUGACUCAAAACAAAAUAUGUGGGGCAAAUCAAACGAAUUUGAGAAUUUCAUUGCUAAAAGAAUUCAAGGUACAGAUAUUAAGAUCAAAAAAGCAUCUAUGGUGCAACCUCUGGAAAUACCAGUUAUAGAUCCUAAUGAUGUCAAAAAGACUGUUGAAACUAGUAUGCAGACUACACAGAUCAAAACUGCUUCUGUAGAAGUUCAAACAUCAGCACCUCACGAUAUUCCCAUGAAAGAUAAUGUUCCAUUAACUUCAGAGCAAGCGGAAAAGGCUUGUGAAUUCUUAAAAGGGAUAGUAAAAACUACUGCUGAAUUAGGUGAAUUGAUGACUAAAAAAUCAGAGGAUUUUAUUACUAAGAAAAUUAAUACAGCACAUGUUACUGAUACAUUUAAAAUGGACUAUUGUGUACGUAAAUCUUUCUUGUUAUUUAAACUAGCUAAACAUAAUUUAAUGCAAAUGGAAGAAGAUUUAUCUAAACAGUAUGAUCAAUUUUUAAAUGAAAAUAAUUUGAUGCAGUAUAGAGAAAAGCCCAAAGUUAUAACAGCUACUAAAAAACCUGAUGAUAAUGACAGUGAUUGUGAAAUAAUUGAGGCACCUAUAGUUGCUCCAGCAAAACAAAACAAAGGUAACAGUAAACCAAAGUUUAAUCCCAAAACAGUGUUUCUGAAUAAAGAAUUAUCUAUCAAGAUUGCCAAAAAACCAUCAGAUGAAAAAAAACUUCAAAUAAAGGGCCGACAUACUGUUUGGAUUAAUGAUUCAGUAAUGGUAAAAAAAGUUAAACCUACGCAGUCUUUUUUAGCCCAGGACAGCCGAAAUAAAAAACCUCCUGAUUAUGUAACAAUAGAAAUGGUUAAUAGUUUUUUCAAGAAGUAUCAACGUAAGCAAGCUUUGAUAACUUGUGCUCCAUUUAUAACCACUGAGUGGCUGUCUUUUAAUAGACAAUUUGUAUGCAGUUAUUUUUUUACAAAAACUGAAGGUUUUCCAACUAGUUCUGUUCCUGAAAUGCCCACUGAAAGAGAAUUGGAUACAAAUACAGAAACCAUGUCUACUAGCACAAAAAAUAUAUGCUGUCAGCGAUCAAAUAUAGAAAAUAAGGUAUAUUGCCCGAGAUCAUUAUUUUCUCUGUGUGCUCAAAUAAUGCAAAAUCAAUUGGUAAUGUCUACUCCUAAGCCUUGUAAGAAAACAGUUGAUCUAUAUUCUUCAUCAAGAGUUACAAAUGAACUAAACUUCAAGAAAUUUAAAAUAGUCGGAAAUUGUCUCGAUGUAAAUGUUUUGCCUUUAAAAACUUUGUGUUUUGAGAGCAUUACUAAAUUUAUGGGAAUCCUUACAUGUAAUGCUCAGGUAGAAAGUAAUGUGAUAAGUCCAUGCUUUAAACCAAAUGUUGAAAUUACUGGAUCUAAAUUAUGUUAUGUAAACAAGGUUCCUUCUCAAGAUGUUGAAUCACUUUUUUCGUUAUGUCUUACAUUUGUACAGAACCAAUUCUUCACCAAGAAGCAGAUUGAAUCACCUACCUGUAUUAAACACACAAUACAAAAAAAUAGAAGUUGUCCAAAGACUCUUAAAAAUAUUACUUUCAAAUUCAUAUCUAAUAUAAUUAAUGAGAAUAAUCCUAAACUUACUGAUAUUACAACAGUCAAGACAUUAUCUUGUCUUUGUUUUGAAGUAGUAACAAAAUAUUUUUCUGAUAUAGAAGGACAAACUCCCAAAGAAAGUUUAACUAUAAAUUCCAUUAAUAGAUUAACUGAGGAAGCCUAUUUUAAUAUGGAAGAACCCACAGAUUUGACUGAUAAUAUAGACUAUUAUGCAGAUGAUGAUACCAAUUUUUAUGAAGAUGAAACAGAAGACAAUGAUUUCAAUAAUUUUGAUGAAAUCAAUGACACUGAAGAUAAUAAUUGGAUAUCACAACUGGAAAUGAAGGAGCUUAGGUCUAUUCCAAGUAAAGUUAUAGAAACCACUAGACCUAUAGAAGAAGAGAACGCAAUGCCUGUAGUUGAAGAAGCAACAGUAGCUAGAAUCAAAAUUGAACCAGAAGAGGAACCUGAACAAAUUGUAAACUCUUUAAUAAAAACCGAGCCAUUGCAUAAUCUUGAUGAGAUGACAGUUAUACCAGAAAGUUUUAUGACAAAUUCGUUAUCUAAUGAAAACGAUUUAUGUAAUGAUCAAGCUCGAAGAAAAGAUAGCGCCAGUUAUGAUGUUGAGUCAUUUGAAACUUUCGUAAAAUCCAAUAAACUUAUGAGAGCUUUCAAUGAGCAGGACGAUGCUUCUGAAGUUUACAGUCAGAGCGCUUCUCGAAUUCGGAGGCAAUUUGAGCCUGAUUGGGAGCCAGAGAACGAUAUGGCUAUGAGUUUGUUAGUUCCACAAACUUUUGAACCAUUGCACAUUGAAAAUGCUAAAGAUAGGUUAAUGGAAAGCAGUGGUGAUGAAAGCAACAAUACCAAAAAACCUGCUAAUAAGAAAAAAACAGAUAAGCGUAAAGCAAAAGUAAAAAAAGUGGAUUCAAAAUCUGACAAACAAACAUUACUAGAAAAGAGUACACCAAAAGAAAUCCCAAAAGAGAAACAGCCAGUUUCUCAAGAAAUCGCUGUUUUAACAAGAAGAAUGCGAGAAAAAAUAAGACAAGAAGAAAAAAAGAUUGCAUCAUCUGAUUCAGAAACUGAAAGUGGUAAAACAAUAUCAAAGAAAGCUAAAGAAAUUGACUCUCUUGUAUCAAAGAAAACAAAAGAAAUAGUAAAAGAUGUUAGUAAGGUGAAACAAAAAAGCACUAAACUCACUGAUGAGGAAAUUCAGUGCAACAAUGUUGAUUCAACUGAACAAGUAACUGAGCAAAUGAAGUGUUAUUCUCCAGAUCCAAACAGUAAUCAGUUUACUGGAUUUAGCGCAGUAGACCAGAAUGAAGUAUUUAAUUACCAAAAGUACAUAAAGUACGUUUACGACAAAAUUCUGCCAACAGUAAAUGAUGAUGAGAAACGCGCGCCAGAAACCGAUCAACCUAUUAUUAACCCUAAUGAACCUGUCGAGUUAUUAGAAUGUGAACCUACCAUGCCAGUGUUUAAUAUGCAGGAAACCAUAAGCCCAGAAAAAGCCCCUAAUAAAGAAGUCAUUAAUAAAAAAAGUGCCGAAGCAGAAGACAUCCCUUCUGUUGAUAUUAAUGACAAACCUCUGCCGUAUAAGCUGCGUCACGGAUGGCAAUGUUAUCCUUUGCAGACAGAUGAUACGAAACUGUACCAGGCUGCUCAGAUAGUUCUAGAAAAACUGCCUGAAUCUUUUGUAAAUACAUACUUUGCUUAUCAAAAUAUAUCUAAUAAGGACAAAGAAGACGAAGAAGUCGACAGACUUAUUAAUCUUCAAAGUCUAAAUAGACCUGUUGCAAAAGAAGGUAGAUGCAGAGGAAGACCAAAGAAGCUUAAACCGCCAGAUCAAACUUUGGAUAAAAUCAAAUCCGAAAAUGAUGACUCAAGACCAGUAUCGCCGGUACAUUCUGAGCAUUAUCAAGAGCUUACGCCUUCAGAAGAUGAAAACGUCGGUGAUGAUGUACCCAGCCCUCCUAAGAAAAGAAAUGCUACAGAAAAUUCCUUAGCUAAAAGUUCUCUUAUGGAUGAUAAUGACAGCGAAGAUGAAUCCAAUGUUAAAAUCAAGAAAGAACUGACUGAAGAAGCUGCAAAUGAAUCUAAACUUAUUAAAAAAAGUAAACCUGGACCAAAAUCUAAAUGUAAGCCGGCAGAACCCAUUGAUUCAGAAUCAAUGAUGCUGACUGCUGACAAGAUGAUGAAUAGAGAGCUGAAUCUUCUCCAUGCACCCAUUGUGCUUGAUGAGGAACCACAGAAAACUCAGAGCAAAGGCCCUGUCACCAGAAAUAAACAGCAUAAAGGCAUGCACAAAUCUUCAAACACUAAACGCAAUAAGGAUGAGGAGGGUGGUUCUUCAUCAGAAGAGGAGAAGCAUCAAUGGUUCACAAUCAAAGAGAAGUUACUCAAAAAGAUGAUCAACAAAAAAGACACAACACGGGAGGACGACGCAAAACGUGCUAAACUCGUUAGCGAAUUCAUAGAGAGACGAGGCGAUCUGGCCGAGCACUACUUGAAGCGACGCAAGGUCCGCGGCCGCCGCUCUACUAAGAAAAUGCUGGAACGACAGAAGCAAUUGAGGGUGUUAUCUCAGGAGCUUUUUGGCGGUGCCUCUAAUGACGCUUCACACACAGGCAAAGGAAGAAAUAGUUCAUACUUCAAAGGAAGACGGAAUAUUAGAAAAGUUCUGGAUAAGAAAUCAUUGGCUAAAAGCACCGUCUUAGCAAAUAUGGAGGAGUUUGAGAGAAAACGUCGACUUAACAUAAGACAAAACAAAUUGAGGGAAAUCCUAGGAUACGAGGAGGGCGUGAAUGUUCUAGUCAUUAACGAUGAAGUGUGCCUUGAGUACGACUUCGAGCAACGCCUGCCCGUCGUCACCAUACACUCCUUCUUCACCAAAGUAAUGAAGGCCCAUCAGUAUGAAGGCGUGAAAUUCAUGUGGGACGCUUGCUUCGAGAGUUUGAACAGUAUAGAGAGUGGUCACCCGGGAGGCGGCUGCAUUCUAGCCCACUGUAUGGGACUUGGGAAGACGCUGCAAGUCCUGGCCUUAUUGCACACGGUACUGACGCACCCGCGCGUGGGGAUGCAACGGGUGCUCGUGUGUUGCCCGCUGUCCACUGUACUCAACUGGGUGGACGAGAUUCACAAGUGGAUCGGACCAGUCACCGACCAGAUUAAGGUAUUCGAACUCUCAAAGCUCAAGAAGACCUACGAACGCGCUUACCAACUAGAAGACUGGUACAAAGGUGGAGGGAUUUUUAUAAUCGGCUACGAAUUAUUCCGUAGUUUGACCACACUGGACCCUUUCUUAGACGACGUACGCCCAGUUAUUGUGAACAAGAUACGCAACGCUUUACUCGACCCAGGACCAGAUAUAAUCAUAUGCGAUGAAGGACAUUUACUUAAGAACGAUUCUUCAGUACUGGCAGUGGCUAUGAGCCGCGUACGCACCAGCAGAAGAAUAGUCUUAACAGGCACUCCGAUGCAGAAUAAUCUCAGGGAAUAUUAUUGCAUGGUCAACUUCGUGAAACCGAACUUGCUGGGAACAUAUGCCGAGUAUUCGAACAGAUUCGAAAACCCUAUAAUGAACGGUCAGCACAGAGACUCCAGAGAGGAAGACAUCAAAUUAAUGAAAGCUCGUACCCACAUUCUUCACAAAGUACUUGAAGGUUGCCUCCAGAGGCAAGAAGCUUCGGUCCUCUACCCUUACCUGCCAAAGAAACACGAGUACACCGUCUUCGUGUCGAUGUCCCAAUGCCAAUGGGAUCUGUACAAGCAUUACUUGCAGAACUGCACGAGCACUCAGAGCAAUAAGAGCAAUGUCCUCAAAGACUUUCACAUAUUGCAGAAGAUUUGGUCGCAUCCGCAAGUGCUGCACAACUUCUCGAGUAGGACCAGAGAUGAUUUGAAAACAAAAGUUAAAUUAGAGAAACUGGAGGACGACUUGGCCCGCGAGGAUCUUAAUGCGGAAGACAUAAAGCCCGCGUCCACUGAUACCUGGUGGCUGCAGUAUUUGGAAGGCGGCAACAUGUUGGACUCCCUGCACAGCUCCAACAAGUUCGUGACCGUGUUCCGGAUACUGGAGGAGUGCAUCGCGCUCGGCGAUAAACUGUUGAUAUUCUCCACUUCUUUGUUCACUAUGGACGCUUUGGAAUACUUCCUGAAGAAAAUAAAAGACUGGAGCCUUGGCAAGGAGUAUUACCGACUGGAUGGUUCCGUACCCGCCGAGGUGCGACAGAAGUGGUGUCGGGAGUUCAACUCCGACCAGAAUGUUAAUACAAAAUUGUUCCUAAUCUCAACGCGGGCCGGUUGCCUCGGGUUAAACAUGACUGCAGCUAAUCGCGUCAUAAUUCUGGACACCUCGUGGAACCCGGCGCACGACAUACAGAGCAUAUUCCGAGUCUACCGCUUCGGACAAAAGAAGGAUUGUUACAUAUACCGUCUAGUGGCAUUGGGCACGAUGGAACAGAAGAUAUACGAGCGGUCGGUGACGAAGCAAGCGGUCGCGUGUCGUGUAGUUGACGAACAACAGAUCGAUCGCCAUUAUAACAUGGCCGAUCUCACCGAACUUUAUAAGUACGACGACACUGGCUUAGGCGUAGCUAGCGGUGUCGCAGUGGGCGUACAAGACGUAGCUCUAUUACGGGUAGCUCGAGACACUAAUCUACAUGCCGUUCACGAGCAUGACUCUCUACUGCGAGGGUCUGGAGAACAGGGGCUGCCUGAGCACGAGCGCCACGCUGCUUGGCUGCAGUUCCAGCAGGAACAUGCCCAUAAGCAAAUGCAAGACGAACACGAUUACACUAAAACUGAUGGUGUGAAACCCCCCGUAAAAACCGAGAAAAGUGAAAAUAACGGCGCAGUCCCGGAGGUGAAAGCCGAACGACGGGGUAGACCCAGGAAGAACGGUCCAGUUGUAUCAUGUUAUAUACCAAUUGAGCCUCAACAGUCUCUUCAUACAAUGCCCAUAGACAAGAACAGAGAGGAGGAGCUAGUGGAAAAGAUCACCCAUAUGUUGAUCAAGCACAACUUCCACGUACGCCAGGAGCCUCAAGAAAUCGCGAAUUUGGUUUCUAACGUGCGCAGGAUCAUCGCCAAUGGCGUAUCUCCUUCUCAGAGCGGGUCAGAUGAUUUGUCCGGUAGUAUAGCCAGUUUGCUAUUACAGAACGAACUACCGAUGCCCCAACUCACGAAUAUUGUAUGCGAGUCUGUUAACAACACAAUUGCGACCGAACCUAGCGCCUCUUCGUCGUCCAGUGAGAUAUCGCAGCCGACCAUUUCUAUUGAGAAACCGCUGCCAAAACUGAGGAUCGGAAGACCCAAAGGCAAAAGGAAACCCAAUUUCGUUUACGAAGAAAUUAAACCGCGCGAGACAGAAAAAGUUGUAAAUGAAAGCAGCGGCAGAAAGAGAAGGCGCGCUGCCUUAGAAGCGGAGAAGAGUUUCGAUACCAUCACCGAUUCCAAUGUUGAUUUAGGAGAUGGAAGCGACACAGAAUUCAUUCCGGAAGGUAUUGUAGUGGCAGCCCCAACCGCUGAGGUUAUUGUUGACGAUAACAUAUCAGUUAAACAAGAACCAACAGACAAUCCAGUCAGAAAUAACCGCCGAGUUGCCGCGGAGGCUAACAGCAAAAAGGACUCGACGCAACCUAGCACAGUUAUCGAUAGUCAUUCAAAGAUUUUGCACGAUCAAGUGAACAGUAUACUUUUGAGUGACGAUGAUGAACCGCCGAAGCGGAAGAGACCGGGCCCAGCGAGAAAAACUUUGGUUACGAAACCUCAAGAGACGGAGGCUAGUGAGACGAGUGAGAAACCGGUGCCGCUUCAUCCGUCGUUGCUUAGCAACCAGAACUUUAUUAAGAUCGUGGCUCAUACGUAUUUAACUGGAAACCCGAUGUUGGACGAAGAUGCUGCUACUCUAGCUGCGCAGUAUAGUACGCAGAAAGCUCUCAAAGAGUUUGAAUCGACUGGGAAGAAUAUUGAGAGUGGUCCGCUAUAUGAUAUAGCUGUUCAGGUAUUGGGUGUAGACAUUCUAAAAAAGUUACAAAGUUCAAAAGGUAACUCUGUCGCUAAACCAGUCCAAACACCUGUAGCAGUGGAAAAACUACCGGAACCUCGUAAAGUUUUACCUGUCGUGAAACCAAAGGAGGAGCCCAAGGAAACUCCUAAAGAAACGCCUAGAGAAAUUAUUCCAGAAACAAUUGCUGGCGCUCCUGCUAUAGUUGAUGUGGGAACUAAAAUGAAGUCGAUAAAGUUGAAAAUACGUAUGCCAACGGAAGGAUCGAAAGAUAAGCCGAUCGUUACGUUAUCGAAUAUGACGCCGCAAGCUAAGACUGCUGUCCAAACGCCAGCGAUUAUUGUUCCGACUUCUACUGUAAAGGGGAAGUCCCGGAUUCGUGUGAAGCCUGGCAUAUUGAAUUCUGUUCUACCAAAAUCUGUGCCACAACUACCGCCUAUGCCACAGUUAUUGCCAGCCCCGACAGCGAAUGUCGUACCUGUCGGAUUGUUCAAAGGUGCCGCGGAUAUUAACACGAACGAUACGCACCAAUCCGCAGACGAGUGCAUACUGCCCGAUGACGAUGACAUCCACAUUAUAUCAGACCCGGUACCUCAGCUCAAUAUCGCGCAAGAGUACCAACAGAGGCCAAUGAUUCCCGUCACGCCGAUUAGCGAGCCAGCUAAAUCCAUGCGAUACGUACUCGAAAUGCCAGUGAACAGCGUCCGAUCCGACAGCAGUACCGUUAAUGCAAACGAGCCUCGUAUGAACCAAUUCAAAAUACAAAUCCCUAAGAAUGCGGCCCACAAAGUUGUGAAAUUGCCCAGUAGGACGUCGAUCAAUACUGCGCCGGCGACAUCCGAAUCGAUUGUGUACAACACCAUCUCAUUGGACAGCGACGACGAUGACGAUUUGCCGAACGUUCCAUUAUCGCAAUUGUCUAAGGCCGCACCGCCAUCCGUGGUGCCUGUAUCGCUGACCGCCUCGAACUUAUUAAACGUCGGGUCCCAACCCUUGGUCCCAGUUUCGUUGACAACUGCUAAUUCGAUAAUUCAACACACGACAGACCUUACCAACGUCUUGAAUGUACCCGCAACCUCUGCGACGCGCGUUUCGCAAGGACAACCGCCGAAGGUCGUGAAUAAGAAAUACAUUGUGGUGCCUUCCUCGUCGCUGAAAUUGGCGGGUGCGGAUUUGCCUACUAAAGUAGUUCCUAUCGCUCUGAGUCGAGCGUCGACGGCCGUACCACAGAAUCCGACUUCCGUACCCGAAACUGAAUCCAUUUUGCCGGUCGCGACGCCUGAAAACGAUGUGACUGCUAAAAAGAAACUUACCAAAGGUGAUGUGUUCCGCGUCUACAAGUCCGGACAGGUGGAACUGUUAACAAGAAGGGACCAAACGCCUCCUGCGGAGAGACCCAAGCAGUCUUUGACUCCGGCAAAUAACAAAUCCAGUUCCGCCGUUCCUGCAACUAGUCAUUCCUCUCCGAACAGUUCACUCGCCCCGGUUGUUUCCACAGCUCCGGCCUCUACAGUCACUAUAGAUCUCGAAGAAAUAUCCAAACCGUCUAAGAAAAAAAGUAACAGUCAGGCAGUAGUAAAUAAAGAAUCGUGUUCCUCCAAUACUAAUGCCAGCAACAGUUCGACGUCGAGCAGUCCUUUCGAUCCUCUUUCGAUUUUACGAGAUGUCGUCCAUAUCGAAGCUGACGAUUAUACUGUAAAACGAACUUCAAACAUCGUCACUAAAGAAAAUAUUGUUAAAAAGAAAGACACCGUUGCUAGCACUAAAAUUGAAACAAUAUCAAGUAAAGCUCCAUUAAAAAAUAAUAAAAAAACCUACGGUUCUGUGAAUAAAGUACUAAGUCAUAAAGAUACGAAAACUAUAACGAAGGCUGAUGAUAAACAGACAAAAGGUCAAACUUCUUCAGCAACAUCUAAACCUAUCUUAAAUUUAGUUACACCGCCCAUAGCCAAAAAAAUCAUACCGUUGAAAAAGACUACAAAGAAAUCUGAAAUAUUUGUAGUAAAAGCUUCGGAUAAUAAGAAAAAGGUGCAUACUUUGAACAACACUGAGGAGACCGUUAUCGACAUUACGUGUUUGGACGAAGAACCUACGACAUCUACAGAUAAAAAUAAAACAAAAACGAAAAAGGUCACCGGUUCUACUCUAACAGGCAAUUCGAAAGAUAUCAUACUGUGUGGCAGUGGAAAAGCAAUAAAAAGAUCUUCAACUUCCACACGCUCCGUCGAAAUAGUUAAACAUGCAUCGGUUACUCCAGAACCCGCUCCGCCGGCGCCGUCACCGUCACCGAAGAAAAAAAAGACUGACAAACUAAUGACGUUAAAAGAUUUCGACAUCGACGAUAUUGACGACAUCAUUGAAUUAGACUAAAUAAAACAGCAAAUGCAGCAUUUUGCAACAUAACUGUAUAGCCUUUAAUAGGGGACUCUGAUUUAUUAUGAAUCAUCUUUUAGUUGUUGGAGUACAUUAUUAUAUCUCUCCUUUUUCGAAUGUGAUAAUUGUUUUUUUUUAUUUUUAUUUGUGCGGUUGUUUUGCGUCUCGAGAUGAAACGUGUGAUUAUAAAAAAUGUCUAUGAGUAUAUGAUUGCAGAGUAUAUUAUAUAGAUAAUAAUUAAGAUGUUAUGUAAGUAUUAUAAUAGUGUUACAAUUAGCAAUUGUAAUGCAACGGAAGUUGCGCUUGUGGUUUAAUCUAGGUGUAAAUGUAAACAGCGUCUUUUUAAUGUAUUAUUGUCAGUCUUGAUGGUACUAAUGAGAUCAAAAUUGUGACGGUUUACAGAAUAAUUUCAUAAAUAAAAGUUCUGGAGCGUGAUUUUUGGUUUUUGAUAGCAUUUAAGUGUAAUUGUGACGUAAAAUAAUGAGAAAAAGUGUCAUCAAGCGUUUAUAUUACUUUAGCGUUUAAGUUAAAACAAACGCAAACCAGGUAGAAUAACUGAGGGCUAUUAUGGAGAUAGUCUAGUUUUGCACUGUAACCCCCUUAUUAAAAAACGCAGAAUAAACUUGGAUUAGUUAAUCCAUGUUUUGUCUUUGUUCGUUGAAUGACAUGAACAAAACACGGCGUAACUAGUCUAACCUUAUUCCUUGUUAAUUAAUAACAAUUUUAAUUCAUAUUUUUUGGUGAAAAGUUGCAUAAUCAUCCCAUAUCAGUUCGAUUUUAUUUUGUUAUUUUUCUUUAAUUUAAAAUAAUAUUCACACUCGCAGAAUCGUGAUACAAUAUUAUAAUAUUAAUUUUAUUAUUACUGCUAUUUUAUUUGCUUGUGCGAAUAUUAAUAUUAGGUAUGUAAAAUUAUGUGCACAAUUAUAUGACCACACUCACUACAAAAUGAAUAAUACACAUAGGUAAUUUAUUUGUUUGUAUUUAUCAAUAGGGUAGCUUACAAAAAACGUUAUUAUAAUUACAAAUUUAAAUAAACUCUGUAUUUCAAUGUCACAAGUGAUGGUUUAAAAUUAGUACAUCAACAUAACGGAAUCUCCACGAUAUGUUAUUAGGAAAUUGGAGAUUUUUGAAUUUUAGUAAAGUAUUUUAAGCUUUUCUCCGCUUAUUUAAAGCUGCGUUAUGCAACGAAGACACAAUGUUUAUAGGGAAGAAGGAAUUGUCUUCAAAAAUUAGAUUUUGAGAUAGUGAGCGUUAUACACAAUAUUAUUGUAUAAUGUUCGUGGCAAGAUUUUAAUUUGUUCAGUUAAAUUUAAUGUAUCAUUAAUUAAGAAUGUUGUUUAUGUUUGUAAUUUCUAUGAUUAAUUGUAAGCGUGAUAAAGAUUAAACUUCCUUUUAAU